AUGUCUUCAAUCCUGAGAAGCCCGAACACCGGCGUCACACCAGACCAAGCGGGCUGUUGGGUUGUGACCGAAUUUGGCAUUCCAUCCAUGCUGCAAUGGAAACCUUGGUACCAAAUUCCCGAACUCUCCGCCGACAAAGUUCUUGUCCGCAUCAUCGUUGCUGGAAUUGCUGGGGUGGACAACAUUCAAAGAGCAGGCGGCUAUCCUCACCCUGAUACCAUCAAGCCGGGAUUCACACCAGGAUAUGAUUUUGUGGGCGAGAUCGUCGCAUUCGGUGAAUCUGUGCCACAGGAUAUACAAUUGGCUCCUGGAGAUCGUGUUGUCUCCUUGUGCACCACCGGCGCUCAUGCCACCCAUAUCGUCAUAUCAUAUACGAAACUUAUACGUAUUGAACGUACUGAUGAUCCUUUGAAAGUUGCAUCCCUACCACUUAACUAUAUGACGGCCUGGGGCUUGCUCAACCGCAGCGGAGUCCAGCUCAAGCCUGGUUCGAGUAUUUUGAUCGGCUCUGCGAGUGGGGGCAUUGGCACUGCUGUUGCGCAGCUAGUCACUGCGUUUGACAUGAAGAUCAAGAUGAUCGGGACUUGCUCGCCCUCUAAAUUUGACUAUCUGAGAUCACUCGGUGUGGAACCGGUCGACCGCAAUGCUCCUGAUCUUGUCAAACAGGUACGGGCAUUGGCCAACGAGGGCGUCGACGUCGCGUAUGAUGGAGUUUGCAGCGAGGAUAGUCUCCAAAAGAGCUUAUCUGCAACAAAGGACAAUAUCGGAAGGGUCGUUGUAUUUGGAAUCAUGUCAGAGAUUGCUGCGGAUGGUAGCGCGAUGCAGCAUAGUGUAGCUGAGACACUUGCAGCGCGGCUGCAGCCGCGUAUGAGCUUUGGUGGUAUUGGAUCAGGGUUCCCCACCUUUCAUGGCGCUUCGCUCGUUGAAUUCAAAGCGAUUUUGGAAAAGGUCCGCAGAAAUAAGCUCACGCCGAGUAUUGCUAAGCUUUUUCCAUUGCGCGAUGCUGUUGAAGCUCAUGAACAUCUUGUCUCGGGAACUGCGGUCAAGGGUAAGAUGCUGUUUCUUGUUGAUCCGGAUCUAGCAAUUCAGUAUGGUGUAGCCAAAACCUCUGACCGGACAUGCCGUGGUAUUCAUGAACAAAACUAG